AGUAGAAUACAGUUUGUGAGAAACACACACCUGUUUCUACAGAAACACAGGCACUAUCUGGAAGCCAUGAAGGGAAUUGUGCUGCAUGUUUCUUUCCUGCUCCUCUUUGUUUGUGUUUAUUGUCAGAAGGAUGACAAUAUUCCAGACAACCAUGAAGCAGUGAUUUCAGGAGCAGAACAAAAAGACCUGGAUGGCAACAGAGAGAUUGGAGAAGAAGAAUGUCAAAGUGUCAAGAAAAGGACCAUGCCCUGCAUAACUAAGUGGAAAAACAGACACAGAGACACUUUUCUCUGUGCACCAGUCAUAAAUUGACUUCCUUAAUUUGGCCAUCUUAAUAAACCACAUGCUGCAA